CCAAAACCCCGAGAGCCAGUGGCUAGCCGAAUCGCAGGGGGACGACUCGUCAAGAAGAGUAGCACCAUAUGUCUCUUCAUGUGAGGCUCUCGCGCCUAAACCUACGGCUCGGGGCCGCCCCUGGCCAUGCGCAGAAAAUAAUCAGAACCCAAAUCCGAUGCCACCAUCACUAUGAGCUCAACCACUUCGUGCAGCGAGCUCCCGCGGAAACUACAGCGGUUGGUAGCAAACCCGGCACCACCAGCUUCAGGCUAGCCGUCAAGGACAAUUUCGCGACAAAAGACCUCCCGACGACCUGCGCAUCUUCCAUCCUCGCCGGUUACUCCAGUCCCUUCGAGGCCACCAUCGUGCGCCAGCUACGCGACCGGGGUGCAGUUGUGGUGGGGAAGACCAACAUGGACGAGUUUGGAAUGGGCUCGCAUUCGACUCAUUCGUCCCACGGCCCGGUGUUGAACCCCCUCUCGGAGGUGCCACCAACCUCGGCAGGAGGCAGCUCGGGCGGUAGUGCCGUCGCCGUGCGGGUCGGGGACGCCGACAUCGCCCUGGGCACCGACACAGGCGGCUCGAUCCGUCUGCCUGCGGCGUACUGCGGCGUCGUGGGCUACAAGCCCUCCUACGGCAUGUUGUCGAGAUGGGGCGUCGUGCCAUAUGCCAACUCUCUCGACACGGUUGGGCUGUUUGCUCGCGAUGCGACUGCCAUUGAGAACCUGGUGUUCGGGACGAAGCUGGACGAGGAACAUGAUCCCAACGACCCGACGUCGCUUUCCACUAACUUCCGCACAUCCCAUCGAACACGACAACAACAACAACAACAACAACAACAACAGGAGAAGGGCCCGAUCAGGGUUGGUGUGCCACUGGAAUACAACAUCGAGGAGCUGGACCCUCUUAUUCGCACGGCUUGGUCCGAUGCAGCCAAUGUUCUUUCAGACGCCGGGGUCGAGAUUGUGCCGGUCUCGCUCCCCUCGACAAGACAGGCCCUGGCCGCCUACUACGUCAUCGCCCCCGCAGAGGCAUCCUCCAACCUAGCAAAGUACGACGGCGUGCGGUACGGCGUGCGGGGGGAGGAGAGCGACGCGGCGGGCGAAGUCCUCUACUCAAAGACGCGGGGCGACGGUUUCGGAGACGAAGUCAAGAGGCGCAUCCUCCUCGGCUCUUACAGCCUCAGUUCAGAGGCGAUGGACAACUACUUCAUCCAAGCUCAGAAGGUGCGGAGACUGGUGCAGCGGGACUUUGACCGCGUCUUCCGCAUCGAAAACCCGCUUUACGACGCGCAACAGUUUGACCUCAGCGACAUGUCGGACAACGUCCGGCUGGAGGACAAGCUCGGGCCAUCACAGGUCGACUUUCUCCUUUGUCCGACGGCCCCCACCUUUGCGCCCCGGAUGCAAGACCUCGAAACGCAGACGCCGGUGGAGGUGUAUAUGAACGAUGUCUUUACCGUGCCGGCGAGCUUAGCCGGCCUUCCUGCCGUUAGCAUUCCCGUCACCAUCCGGUCACCGGCCCCGGAUGCGGAUGAGAGCCGGAAGGUGGCGGGUCUCCAACUGAUAGGCCAGUAUUGGGAUGACAGGAGACUAUUAAAUAUGGCGGCUGAUCUGUCAAGCCGGCUGGCCACCUCCUCAUGAUAGGACGCGCCGCAGAGCACAUUUCAGCGGGCGGGGGCUGGGUUUGAGCUGUGUCUUGUCCAUCCGCGAUAGGAAAGUAAACCAUAGAUAGCCCCCUUGAGGGGUUCCAAGUUCAUCGGGACGCUUGAUGGGAUAUCCAGAAAUCCGAUUGUAUAAAUUCAUGUACCAUACCCAUGUAUCCUGUUGAAAGGAGAAGAAAUAUAGCCUUGUACAGUUUGGCAUCAUUUGGACUGCGCCAUGUGGGGGAUUUAUGGACUCAUGUUCAGGGACGGCUGAAAGCUGGCAUCGUCCGUAUUACGUUGGACUCAAAUAGCCCCGUCAUGAUUUUGACCUGU